AUGGGCAUAAGAUGGACUUGCCCUGGGCCUUUCCUUGUCCUUUGCUGUUACUUGCAGCUCUUGCCAUGGCUCAGGACUGAAUGUGAUUUGACCUUCAACAGUACGACGGAGAUAGAGAUCCCACAAGGGGGCCAAGAAGGGAAAAACUGCUCCAAGAAUGACUCUAUGACCACUCCCCCAUCAGAAAAUUUAUAUAGUGAUGCUGCGGUAGCUGAUUUCCUAAAGUACUAUGAUAAUACAGCUCAGGUUGUAUGGAACGAGUUCAUGGAGGCUGCCUGGAAUUACACUACCAACAUGACCAAGAAAAACCAGGAGGAGAUGCUGCAAAAGGAGAUGGCGAAGUCUCAACACUCGCUGUAUUUUGGUACCCGGGCCCGCCUGUUUAAGAUAACCAACAUCCAAGACCCCAUGUUAAAGCGCAUGCUGACUAAGCUACAGAACUUAGAAAAAGCAGCCCUGCCUCAGGAAGAACUCCAGGAGUACAACAAGCUUCUGACCAACAUGGAGACAGUGUAUAGCAUGGCUCAGGUGUGUCUCAAUGAGGGACCCUGCCUAUCCAUGGAUCCUGACAUCCAUGACAUCAUGGCCUACUCUCGGGACCACAAGGAGCUGCUGUGGGUCUGGCAGGGCUGGCGGGAUUCUGUGGGACGCCAGAUCCGCAGUACCUUUGAGCGCUACGUGCAACUCAGCAACGAGAUGGCAAUCCUCAAUGGUUACAAAGACAUGGGGGCCUUGUGGCAGGCUGUGUACGAGUGGAACACGCUGGAAGAAGACCUGGAGGAUCUCUACCGUGAGCUGCAGCCACUCUACUUGAACCUGCAUGCCUACGUGCGCCGUGCCCUGCACCGCCACUAUGGGCCCGAGAUCAUCAGGCUUCGGGCCCCCAUCCCCGCCCACCUCCUGGGGAAUAUGUGGGCCCAGUCCUGGAUCAACAUCUUAGACCUGGCUCUACCCUUCCCGAAUAAGCCCCCAGAAGACAUCACAAAGAUCAUGAAAGCUCAGCACUGGAAACCCAUGAAGAUGUUCGAAGAGGCUGAUAAAUUCUUCGCCUCCUUGGGCCUGCUGUCCCCCCCGCCUGAGUUCUGGAAAAAAUCUAUGCUGCAGAGGCCCACAGAUGGGCGGGAGGUUGAGUGCCACACCUCAGCCUGGGACUUCUUUAAUGGCAAGGACUUUAGGAUAAAGAAAUGCACCGAGGUGAACAUAGAAGACCUGCUCUCCGUCUUUCACCAGAUGGGCCAUAUCCAGUAUUUCCUGCAGUACCGGAACCUCUCAAUGGUUUUCCGUUCAGGUGCCAACCCAGCCUUUGAAGAGGCUGUAGGCUCAGUGAUCACCCUCUCAGCCUUCUCCCACAAGCAUCUGCUCAACAGAGGCCUGCUGAGCCAUCAGCACCAGGAUACAGAGGAGGAAGUUAAUUUCCUGAUGAGCGUCGCUCUGGACAAGGUCGCCUCCAUCCCCUUCACCUAUAUGAUAGACCUCUUUAGGUGGAAAAUCUUUGACGGCACCAUCAAGAGGGAAAUCUACAAUCAGGAGUGGUGGAACCUCAGGUUGAAAUACCAGGGCCUGUGCCCCCCAGUGCCUCGGUCUGAAGAGGACUUUGAUCCAGGCUCCAAGUUCCACGUUUCUGCUGGCAUACCCUACGUCCGGUAUUUCCUCAGUCUCAUGCUCCAAUUCCAGUUCCAUGAGGCGCUGUGCAAGGCUGCUGGUCACACGGGCCCCCUUCAUCAGUGUGACAUCUACAAUUCAAAGAUGGCGGGCAAGUUGCUAGAGGAUGUCCUCAAGCUGGGCUCAAGCAGGCCCUGGCCAGAGGUCUUGGAACUGAUGACUGGGGAAGAUAAGGUUUCUGCACAGGCCCUUCUCACCUACUUCAAACCCCUCCUGAACUGGCUGGUGACAGAGAAUGUGCGGCAAGGCGAGAUCCUGGGCUGGCCUGACUUUGGAUGUACCUUUGAAGAAAUAAACACAGAGAAGAUGAAUUUUCUAGGUCAUGACCUGAGCUUUAUACAGACCUCAACCUGGCAAUGGGUGUUGUUGGGCCUAUGCGUUGUCAUGACCCUGGUGGUCAUAGUGCUGGGUUACAGACUGUUCUUGGCUGAGGCCAAGAACCUGGAACAGCCGAUGUCAAAAACAAAGAGCGAUGAUGCCAACAAGGACCCUGAAGCAUCAGCCAACGCCUACUUCCUGGGCAUGGCCAUGGAGCCCCGCCAGGUGCUCAGAAGACAGUGGUUUCUGCUGACUGUUUGCCUCAUCCUAGUGCUUUGCUCGCUCACUCUGGCCAUUUGGGUGAUCAGUUACCACUACAAGAAGCCUCCAUGGAUGACAUCGAAUUGGUGGAACUGGGAGUGCCAGCAGCCUCACAAACUGCCCCAUGGCCUGCCUGCCCCACUCCAGACCCUUCCAAAUGGAGACAUUUGGAAUACCCAUGGGCAAUGGGUCCUCCUAUGCUACCUGUCACCAGCACAGUUUGUGACACUGAACGGGGCCUUGGAAAGUGUUUGCGUGAACAACCAGCUGCCCCUCACACGCAGGGGCAGCCAGGACAACUCUGCUUCAUCAGGAGGCCACAUUAGCAGCUCUUCUACCACCACCACCCCAGCCACAGUGGCCAAUCAGGCAUUAUGGCUCCACAAGGCAGAGGUACACCCGGCUCAGGACUCCAAGCCACUCACCUCAACUCCAGAGGAGACAGAUCAGCCUGGAGAACAGAGCAAAAGCUCCAGAAGGAGCAGAGGCCCCUUUCAGGGUGCUGGCCCCGCCCCCGGGAGCCGGGGCCCCGCCCCCGCCCCGUCGAGGCCGGGGAAAGUCGCCCCCGCCCUCGGACCCCGCCCCGCCGCCUCCGAGCGCUCCUUUCAGCACCGCGGCGCGGACAGCUCCCGGGCGGCCGGGCGGAGCGGCCGCCCGAAGCGCAGCGCAGCAGCCGGGGUGCACCCGGGCGGCGGCCCCUGGGGACAGCGCCCAUCGAUCGGCAGGCAGCAGGACUUCGCGGAGCCCGAGCACCCGCUCAGACAUCGGAGGCCCGGGCCGCUGGUAACUCCGGGCAGGGGCAGAGGCUGA